UUUCAGGGGCUGAGACAAACUGCGCGUAGAAAAUAAUUAUAUUGCCGUUUCUUUUUGUAUUUGUUCGUGUCUGUUGUUGUGUGUCUGGGUAGCGGAUCUCGUCUCCUCUGAGAGACUUUAGUGUGAAAGCGUGGCGCUGUAAGGAAGAGCGGGUGUGUGUGUGUGUGUGUGUGUGUGUGUCCCGCAUUGACAGUAUGCGCUACGGAUACACACCGAGCUUCGACUAGCGCUUUGUGUUGCAGCCAGAAGCCACCAUGGAGUGAAAGGAUCUUUCUUCACGCGCGGACAGUCCACACAGAUCUGCUAUGAAGGCGUCGUGGUGACCGGAAAUUCUCUCUGUGUUUUUGCACCCAGGUGCCAAAAUUUAAAGCUAAAGGGAGUAAAGAUGAAGCAGCAUGGAGUGGGUGUUUUACUGACGCUGUGGCUGUUUAUGGAGUGUAUAGAAGCGAAGAAAUACUGCUGGUUUUUUCAGGAGGGAUACCCCACCUAUUUCAUAUGCCGUUCGUAUGAGGACUGUUGCGGGACUCGCUGCUGUGUGCGCGCUCUGUCCAUCCAGAGGCUCUGGUACUUCUGGCUGUUGCUGAUGAUGGGAGUGCUUUUCUGCUGUGGAGCCGGCUUUUUCAUUCGCAGACGUAUGUACCCAUCUCCUCUGAGCGAAGAGCCUGCCUUUAACGUGUCAUUUACCAGACACCCUGUGAGCACACCAGUUUCUCAGCAGCCUGGUAUUCAGGGCUAUGGUGACCCUAGCGUUGCCAUGACGAUGCCAAUGGCCCCUGCCUACCCGGGCCAGCCCAGCACAGCCCACAUGAUGAAUUCAUAUCCACCACCACCUUCCUACUGCAACCAUCCUCCACCAUCUUACGACCAGGUCUUCAAGACCACGGAGAAGAAGUAGGUCCAGAUGUUCAUCAUGGCACACCACACUGCAGCAGAUCAGAGAUCUGAGUCCCGACAUAAUGCUGCCAAGAACCUCUGGCAGCAACCAUUGAAGCAACUCUUGGGUUGCUUUAAGUGGCUUGUUUUAUGUUUGCGUGCUUGUUUUAGGAUACAGCAUUUUUUCUGUCAUGUUCAUUGUUCAGCAUUUUAUAGGUGGCCAGAGCUGCUUAUGUCUGACUUUGUAUUGAAAUAACGUGCAUUGACUGUGUAUUGAAGUAACAUGAAUAUGAAAAGAACAUGAUUUUUGGGGGGGGAUGAAAAGACAUGCAGAACAUGAACCUGCGCCUCAGAGUUUUCAUAAAGGAGCUGGGUGGAGGCGAAAGAUGGACAUUGGCAUACCGGAAAGAAGGUGGAAUUAAAUCCAGUUGUCAUGUUUUUACAGUUGUUGCAAUUAUGCGAAAGAAAAUGACAGUUAUCUUUGAAGGACACCCUCCCUUGGCAAGUCCAUUGUGCUGCCUGGGCACUUUGCAAACCUGAAGACUUGGAACUGAGAAAUCAAACCAUCUUUACUAGGGACUGCAGCAAGGUCUUCGUUGUGUUUGAACAACAGGAACUCUUUAGCAAAAAGUGAUAAAGCAGAGAAUUUCCCAAGGCAACUGAGCAGGUGUGAUAAUAACCAAUCGGAAAGGACAGCACACCUUUCAAUCCACUAAUCAAGCAGGUCAGCACAGUUCAUUCAUCCAUUCCCCCAAUCCAUUAUACAUCAGAGACAAUUGGCUUUUGUAAGUAAAGGUCUGAUCUUGAAUUAGCUCCAUCUUCAAAUAGCUUGAUGGUGAUACACAGCUAAAGUCGGGAGUUAACAUACAGUACACUUAAGUUAAAGUCAUUUAAAUUGAUCACUGUUUGUAAUUUUUCCAACAGUCAUUUUCAAAUUAUUUCACUUAUAAUUCACUAUAUUAUGAUUCCAAUCAGUCAGAAGUUUACAUACAUUUAUUUGACUGUGUGAUCUGAUGAAAAAAUGAAACUAUUUGGCCAUGAUGGCCAUUGUUACGUCUGGAAGCUCCAACUACAUCAUCCCAAACAUGAAGCAUGGGGGUGGCAGCACCAUAUCAUCACCGUGCUGUGCUGCAAGAGGAACUGGUGCACUGGUAACUCAGAAGGCUAGGGCACUGAGUUACUGAUUGGAAGAUUGGCGGUUCGAACACCAGCUUCACCACAAUGCCAUUGUUGGGCCCUUAAGCAAGGCCCUUAACUCUAUCUGCUCCAGUGGCCCUGUAUCAUGGCUGACUGUGCCCUCUGACCCCAUUUACGCUGGGAUAUGCGAAAAAAGAAUUUUACUGUGCAGUAAUGUAUAUGUGACCAAUAAAUGCUUAACAAAAGAGAUGGCAUCAUGAGGAAGGAAGAUUAUUUGGAUUAUAUUAAAGCAACACCUCAAGACAUCAGCCAGGAGGGUAAAAAUUGGUUUCAAAUGGUUGUCUUACAAAUAUACAUCGACCCCAAUCAUACUGCCAAAGUUGUGGCACAGUGGCUUAAAGGCAAAAAGUUGAGCCUUCAAAAAAGUUAAUAAUCAAAAAGCCCUGACCUCAAUCUAAUAGAAAAGUUGUGGAAAAAACUGAAAAAGCAUAAGCGAGCAGGGAGGCCUACAAACCUGACUCCAGCACCUUAUUGUAAGAAGCUUGUGAAAGACUACCAAACAAGAUUAACCUAAGCUAAACAAUUUAAAGGUAAUAAUAAAUACAAAUCAAUUGUGUGUAAACUUCUGACCUACUGGGAAUGUGAUGAAAAAGAAAACUGUAAUAAAUUGUUCAAUUACUAUGUAAUCUUUUUCUCAGCUGUAUUUGAAUAAGGUGUGUGUAAAUUUUCAACUUCGCUGGUAACUGUUGAGGACAAGUCCAAGGGUAGUCCAUUUGUGAUGCCCAGCAUGCAGCCAUUUCACUGCCAUACAUAAGCUCAAGCCACCAUGCUGUAAUCUAAACAUUAUUUCACUUUUUGGUUUCCUAAUGUAGUAUUGGACUUGCCAUUUUACCCUCGACUAUAGAGAAGGUCUCGUGAUCCUUAGUGACUUGUUCUGAUCACAGAAAAAAAAAAAAAAAAAACUGCUGUACCCAGGACCAAAAACGUUUACUCAAAAGCACACUCUUGAUGGAUGGAGACGAGAAUUACAAAGUGCACAAUUAAUUGCUAAUAUAAACUGUUAUACUCUGAACUAUUUUUAAGCUUUGAAGUUGAAAGAAGUGUGCAGCAAAUCUAGGGUGACACUCAGCUCUAAAAUUACAAUAAAUUAUUGUUCUUGUCACAGUGGUGUCAGCUUUCUUUGACAAAAGGUACAGUAAUAAAAAAACUAGCAUUUGAUAGUGCAGCCUUUUCCUGGGAUAAAAGCGUAGCACCAGGUUUAAUAUUAACACUUCACCUUAACGAUGACAUGCCUUGAAGCCUAAUGUCAAUCUUUUAUCAAUGUGAAAGAAACAGGAUUUUUUUUAAAUGGAUCUUUAAAGAAAAAAAAAAGUUUCCUGCAAAGUUUGAAACGUUUUAACUAGAAAGUUUUGAAUCAAGUUGAUAAUGCAUGAGAAGGCGUUAUGAGGAAAUCAAAUUUUGGAAAUGGCAACAUGUGCUAUUUUAAUCUUUUGUUGAUUAUGUACAUUUUAAUGGCUGUUCUAUGCAAAGUAAAGAUCGAGUCGGUUACAUGUACAUCUUGCUUAGUUGUGAUAGGUGUGUGUGCUGUAUCACUGUAUCAGACUUGGCUGAAAGACAUGCAAGUUACAGGUGUAAGUGCUAACCAAGUAUCAAGCCUUCAAAAUUUAGCUAAAACACAAGAGUUUCUGUCCUUUAUCUAAAGAAGAUAUACUGUUCUGUCAUAUUGUAUCCAAUAAACUGUCAUUGACAUGUCAGUGAUCAAGAA